GGUUUUUUGCUUUUGUCAUCUCUUCAGGUUCCAUUGCACAGUAAAAUCCUGUGUAAUUGGUGUGUGAUUCAUUGUUCUUCGGUGUCCGAAGUCAGUUUAUAAUAGCUAAAUUUAAUUAGUGACUAUUGAAAAGUGACUAACAAUAUAGAAAAAUAGGCUGAUCAAACGGCCUGUGUGUCCGAUGUCUAGUGCUGAAGUGGUGGACAAUUCCGUUGAUCCUCCUGCGAAGAAGCGGAAAAUUGCUACAGGAGAGAGUACUCCAGCGAAAUCCGUUUCGGCUUCUGCAGACAUGGCGAAAAAUGGAUCGUCCCUUCCCAAUGAAGAGAUUGAUGAAGGUUUAUAUUCUAGACAACUGUAUGUUCUUGGUCAUGAUGCAAUGCGGCGUAUGGCCACAUCUGAUGUAUUAAUAUCAGGUUUAGGUGGACUAGGUGUUGAGGUUGCUAAAAACGUUAUUCUUGGUGGUGUCAAGUCUGUUACUCUUCAUGACAAUUCAGAAUGUACCAUAGAUGAUUUAUCUUCUCAGUUUUAUUUGUCAGAAGUGGACAUUGGAAAGAAUAGGGCUGAAGCUUGUUGUCAUCAGUUGUCUGAGUUAAAUACCUAUGUCCCUACAAAAUCGUAUACUGGUCAACUUACUGAUGAAUUUUUAAAGUCAUUUCGAGUUGUAGUGCUUACUAACAGUUCAUUAGAAGAGCAGGAACGAAUAGCUGCUGUAACUCAUUCAAAUAACAUUGCUCUAAUUGUUGCCGGUACUAAAGGACUUUUUGCUCAAGUGUUUUGUGACUUUGGCGAAGGUUUCAGAGUUGUAGACACCAAUGGUGAAAAUCCUGUCUCCGCAAUGGUUGCAAGUGUUUCCAAGGACAGUGAUGGUGUAGUGACAUGUCUGGAUGACACUCGUCAUGGACUUGAAGAUGGAGAUUUCGUCACAUUCUCUGAAGUUCAAGGUAUGACUGAAUUAAAUGGUUGUGAAGCAAAAAAGAUACGUGUUCUUGGUCCUUACACUUUUAGUAUUGGCGAUACUAGUAACUAUUCAGACUAUAUAAGGGGUGGUAUUGUAACUCAAGUUAAAAUGCCUAAAGUACUUAACUUUAAGCCUUUGUCUCAAGCUCUCAAAGAACCUGAAUUUUUAAUCACUGAUUUUGCAAAAUUUGAUUCUGCUCCACAGUUGCACUUAGCUUUUAAAACAUUGCAUCAGUUUGAACAAACUCACAGCAGGAAACCAAAACCGUGGAACAAAGAAGAUGCUGCAGAGUUUGUUGAUCUAGCCAAAAACAUUGAUAAAAAGGAAAGUACAGAUAUAGAACUAAAUAUUGAGCUGAUUGAGUUAUUUUCUAUGACAUGUUCUGGAAACGUAUGUCCUAUGAAUGCUACCAUUGGAGGGAUCGUUGCUCAGGAAGUAAUGAAAGCCUGUAGUGGAAAAUUUUCCCCCAUUUAUCAGUGGCUAUACUUUGAUGCAAUUGAGUGCUUACCAGACACCAAAAGCAUCCCAGAAGAAGAUUGUCAACCUAGCAAUAGUAGGUAUGACGGCCAAGUUGCUGUAUUUGGUAAAGAAUUCCAAAACAAGUUGGGAGCAUUAAAAUAUUUCGUUGUUGGUGCUGGAGCUAUUGGUUGUGAAUUACUGAAAAACUUUGCGAUGAUGGGGAUAGCAGCAGAUGGUGGGCAGUUGACCGUCACUGACAUGGAUCUUAUUGAAAAGUCUAACCUUAAUAGACAGUUUCUUUUCCGCCCCCAUGAUGUACAGAGACCAAAAUCGGCAACAGCGGCUAAAGUCAUUCGUAGAAUGAAUCCAAACAUAAAUGUUGUUGCACAUGAAAAUAGAGUUGGCCCUGAAACCGAAAAAAUUUAUGAUGAUGCAUUUUUUGAAGGUCUUGAUGGAGUAGCUAAUGCUUUGGAUAAUGUUGAAGCUAGGAUUUAUAUGGAUCGUAGGUGUGUCUAUUAUCGCAAACCACUACUGGAAUCUGGAACUUUGGGAACCAAAGGCAAUACUCAGGUUGUAGUUCCAUUUUUAACUGAAUCGUAUAGUUCUUCACAGGAUCCCCCAGAAAAAAGCAUUCCAAUCUGCACCCUGAAAAACUUUCCCAACGCAAUUGAACAUACCUUACAGUGGGCUCGUGAUAACUUUGAAGGUCUUUUCCGGCAAUCUGCAGAAAAUGCAGCUCAGUACUUGAAUGAUCCUAAUUUUAUUGAUCGUACACUAAAACUACCUGGUGUACAACCAGUUGAGGUUCUUGAAUCUGUCAAAUUGGCCUUAGUUGAUGAGAGGCCUCAGAAGUUUGAAGAUUGUGUGAAUUGGGCUCGUAAUCAUUGGCAAGAACAAUACUCCAACCAAAUUAGACAGCUUCUUUUUAAUUUUCCUCCAGAUCAGCUGACUGCUAGUGGACAGCCAUUUUGGUCUGGUCCUAAACGGUGUCCAAAACCUCUGAAAUUUUCUGUUGAAGACCCUCUUCAUUUGGACUAUGUGUUUGCUGCUGCAAAUCUCAAAGCAGAGGUCUACGGUAUACCUCAAAACAGAAAUCGAGAAGCUGUUGCACAGAUGGUUCAAAAUGUUGAUGUUCCAGAAUUUACACCAAAGUCAGGUGUAAAAAUAGCAAUCAACGAUUCUCAAGUACAAAUGGCUAAUGGAAGUGGCAACGUUGAUCAUGACAAAAUAGGCCAACUUCAGAGAGAAUUGCCCUCAAGGGACCAACUUGUUAACUUGAGAAUUACACCACUUGACUUCGAGAAAGAUGAUGACUCUAACUUGCACAUGGAUUUCAUUGUUGCAGCGUCAAACUUGCGUGCUGCCAACUAUAGCAUUCCUGCAGCAGAUCGCCACACAAGUAAACUAAUUGCAGGAAAAAUAAUCCCAGCCAUUGCAACAACAACAUCUGUAGUCGCUGGUUUAGUUGGGCUUGAACUUAUAAAACUAGCACAAGGCUACAAAAAACUGGAACCCUUCAAGAAUGGUUUUGUUAACCUUGCUCUGCCAUUCUUUGGUUUCUCAGAGCCAAUUGCUGCACCCAAACUAACCUACUACUACGACAAAGAGUGGACUAUCUGGGACCGAUUUGAAGUAACCGGAGAACUCACGCUUAAAGAAUUCAUAGAGUACUUUAAAGAAAAACAUGGCUUGGAAAUAACAAUGCUCUCUCAAGGUGUAUGUAUGCUAUAUUCUUUCUUUAUGGCACCUCAGAAACUACAAGAUCGUUUCAACCUUCCUAUGUCCGAAGUGGUUCGUAAAGUGUCAAAGAAGAAACUGGAACCUCACGUGAAGGCCUUGGUGUUUGAGCUGUGCUGCAAUGAUACAGAUGGAAAUGAUGUUGAAGUGCCGUAUGUCCGUUACACGCUGCCCUUUCGUGCCUAAAGACUUUAAGGCAUUAGACCUUUGUGGUUUGCAUUGUUUUCAACCAACACCAAAAUAAUUUGUAUUAUUCUAUUAAAUAGAGUGAACUGGCAUGCUGUUGCAGUGGCCGUAAAAUUGUUCCAUGCAUAUUUUAUUGAUUUCAGGUUUGUACGAUAAGAAAAUAAAUUGUGUUUAGUUAUAAAAUUUGUCAAUUUUUCUUGAUAUCUAUAGGCUAUAAAUGUACAUUUAAAAUAGAUACUUCAAUCCUGUGAUUAGUCGCACUUGGUUUCAAACUUUGUUACUUAUUGCCUUGUAUACCAGACCAAAAAAGACUUAAAACAUGAAAUAUUUAAUUUAUAGAGAGUUUUAUAGUAAUGUUAUUAUUUUCAAAUGUGAAUGAAGUAUAAAAUACUUUAUUUUAGAAUAACAUAUUUGAAACAUUAUUUUUAAUCAGCAUUUACAAACUGGAAAUACUUUUGAGUUAUCUAAUUAGAGUAAAUGUUUUACGAGUUCAUUAUUAUAACUAUUGAAAUAAAAAACAGGUGCCGUGUCCGUUUUAACAGUAAAGUACGUAAACAAAACCCAUCCACUGACCUCUUUAUUCACUUAGUAGGUAUACUAUUUCAAUCCAUUACAUUGAGAGAGGAGGUUUUUAAAAGCCAUCUAGAUAAAAUAUAAAUGCAGCCUUGAACACUAGCUUGAACAUUGAUUGGAAUCAUCAGUGUGCAUGACUAAUACAGAGUUAAAGGAGGCCUACCAUUAAACAGCUUUUAUUUACAGAGCCUCUGUUUAAUUAGAAAGUAACAUCAAUAAAAAUUAACGAAAUGGUGAUUUUUGUUUACAAUUUAUUUAGACAAUAGUCUGUAAAAUAAGAAGUAUGUUGCUAUAAUGCUAAAUUAUUGCUGUUUUGUAGUUUAGAUUAUUAUUAUACAUACAAUUCAUAAUGUAUUGGGCCAAUUAGAUGUAGAUCCGAAAUAAUUUGAGAAAUCUUAUUUUUAUUGGUCUGCAUCUUCAAAAUUACUUUUUUCAACUUGCUAAAAACUAGAAAUUGAACAUACUUUAUAUCCUUAAUUAGGCCUUUAUCAUACUGGUACGUUACUUUGAAAUUCAGUUUUGAAAGCCACAUUUUAUGUAAGCUAUCAGCAAGAUAAAAUUAGCGUGGCUUAAUUAUUGUGUUGUCAUGUAAACUACCUUUCAAAUGAAAUUUUAAAACUGUUGUAUUUUGUGUACAUCAAAGACACCAGUCUAGGAUUAAGUUUUAAGAUUGUCUCUAUUCAUUAUAAUUUUAUUUUCAGACAGAAGAAAAUUAUGGUUUGUGUCAUUUUAGGCCUACAGAUAAAUAUUUCAACAUUUUAAAAUAUAUAGCCUAUUGGUUUAUACAGAUUUAUUGCAAACAAUUAUUACAAAUUGCCAGUUCACCUUAAAUAUUCAUCCAUGUUUGUUUGAGUCUUAUAAAUGCUAUACAUUGUGAUUUAUUUUAUUGAAAUAUUCAGAUUAAUAUCCUUUAAAAACUAGGUAACAUACAUAUUUAACGUGUGGCAAUGCAGUUGAAAUUAAUUUAGGCUAAGUAUUUGUCUAGGCUACUAAGUGUCCUUACUCACAUUGCAAAAUAAGUUUCUUUUUCCUCAACUCAUCUUUUGUAUAAUUACUGCAAUUAAAGUGAUAACAGGGUCUUAAAAAAAGGUAAUUUUACAGAUUCAGUUUUUACAUAUUAAGUUAAUUGUAUACAAUAUUAUAAUCCAAGAACUAAAUAGGCCUACUCAAUUAUUUAAAUGUAAUAUUAAAGACCUCAAUAUAUUUACAGUGUUUAAACUAAAAUGAUUUCCAUAACAAUACCAAACGCUGAACUUGGAAAAUUGAACAAAAUUUUGCAUAGAGAUCUUUCAAUUACUUAUAAGACAAAAUAAUUGAUUAUUUUUUAAAUCUAAAUUUCUAUUUAAAUCGUAAAAAAAAUCACUCUGGGGUAUUGUUUGGCAGAACUAGAUUGCAUAAAAUUUUGUAUUACUUCAAAAUAUUUGUUAAAAUAAUGUUUUUUUUUUUUUUGUAUAAAACCCUUUCCAGCAAAUUUUAAGUGUAAAAUUCCCAAAGCCCAUUUUUCAAAGCUGAAAAGAUUCUGUGAAAGAUUCAAUGUUUAAGAGUAGUCAUAUCUAAAAUUAAAAUAACCUACAUGUAUAGUUUCACUCACCGAUUGCAGUAAAGUGAAAAUAAAUAUUGUUUGUUGGACAAUAAAGUUUAUUAUUUUAUUGAAGCAUGUUUCAUUUAAGUAUUUUUGGGUUAAAAUCAUAAACAUUUAUUUAUUGGCAUUGCAAACUUGUAUGUAAUUUCAUAUGUUUUAACUUAUUUCUGUCCGUUGACUUAAACACUUAUGUCUUAAGUUUUUAAAUAGAAUUAGGCUUUCAGUUAAAAAAUAUUGUAGCACUUGCUUGAAGUUUAAAUAUUUUGAUGAUAAAGAUAAAACGUCAGCUUGAGAAAUAUUUUAAUUUCCUGAGGCCUGGAUUUCAUUGAUUAAUGGUUAAAAGUCCUUUUGGAUAUUUCAAAUCCUUUUACUUUGCAUUUACGAGUUAGGUUAAUCACACAUAGCAAGCUUGAAAUGUGCAGCACACAUGGUUUUGUUUUAAAAUAAUUUUCAAUGGAACAGAUUCAAGUAUGUCACAGUUCCUUGUUUACCCGUAAUUUUUUGCAAACCAUUAAUAAUGGUCUCAUGUACAGUGAAAUAGAGAUGAUGAAAUUUUUUAUUUGUAUAAUAGAAUGUCUAUGUAAUAGAUAAUAAAAUAUCAUACUUUAUCAUACAAUCAAAUAAAAAAUCCUGUAAUAGUGGAAUUUUAAAAAUAAAAACAUAAUUUGAAGAUUUCUAUUUAUAGGCUAAUAGAAAUAUUUCAAGAUUUAGAUGUUUAAUAUUUUACGGUACUGAGAGACACGGUUCACUGAAAAAUGUAUGGAAAUAUUUGUAUAGUUAAAAGUUACUAAAUUAUUAGGUGGAUAAUGAUAGUUUGUGCCACAAAAGGUUUUUAAUUGGGACAAAAGGUUUUUAAUUGGGUCAAAAAGUUUUAAAUAUUUAUGUCAAUCUCGUAAGCACUGUUACUAGUUUAAUAGGUCGAUGUUAUAUUAAAAAUAAUAUAAAAUUCAUGCCGUAAAGUUGAAGGUAACAAAUAAGCUCUGUUUAACUUUGUAUUUCGUAAACAGAUUCAUAUUUUUGCCGGCAGAAUGUUUGAUUUAUUUCUUGUAAUACCUCCCCAUUAGAUAGAAUUUUAGUUACAGUGAGACGGCCAUUUCUUGGUGAGACAAGUUUCUAAAAAACUUAUAUUUGGAUUGCGCCAAAAUACAGUUUGUGAACCAUGAUUUGAUCUUUGGGUACAUAAAAGCAACAUUCGAUCUUUGGGUAAGGGUACAUAACCAUUUUCAUGAAAGUAUCAGUGGAACGUCUCCAAGGCAGAAAAUGAUUGCGAAAGUAUCCCUAAUUGAAAUACUAUGAAGGCAUAUACAUCCAAUGUAUAACUAUACAGUUUAAUUUUUCUAGCCUAUAAAUAAAUUAAACAUUCUACCGUUACAGGAUUUUUGGGACAUCUUACAUAAAUUUAGCAGUGGUCCAAAUUUGAUUUAUAGUGUGGUGGAGCCUGUAACCUUUUCAAAUUAGGCUCUAGCUCAAUAUUGGCUGUUGAAAGAUGGUUAUUGCUUUACAUCUUCUUGCUUUAUUAUGUUAGUCUUACAGAUACUUUUGUUAUUUUAGAAUUAGAAUAAAAAAUAUGUUUUAUAUUAAUUUAAGUGUUUAACCACUCUGUCUUAACGAUUUUGAUUAAACAUUAUUUAAUGGAAUGAUGUAUGGUAGUAAUGAUUCAGUAGGAUUCUUGUCUUUUUCUACUUUUAUCUAAAUAUAAAGCAUUUUUAAUUUCUUUGGUGGAAAAUAGGUUUUUGUAAUUUAGAUAGACCUUCAUGCGAAUUGUGUAAGUUCAGUACCAAUACAUUUGAGCUGUUAGUACAAGAGUAAGUUCUUUCUUUUAAAAGCCUGUAUUUGAUUGGAGUUAUGAUUAAAGCAUUUGUAUUUCA